AUGAUUCCUCCGACAGUUUUAGGAGGAAUUGAUCCUGCAGCUACUGAGAAUUGGAUACAGGAGAUCGAGAAGGAUUUGGCAGUAUUACAGUGCACAAAGGCACAUAGGGUCCUCUUUGCCACCUAUAAACUAACAGGGGAGGCCAAUGGGUGGUGGAUUGCGAUGAAACUUUUGGAGCAACAGAGGAUGGCGCUAAUAGAACAGCUGAUGAUCCAGCAGUACACAACGAGGUUUAUCGAGUUGUCCCGCUUCACCUCAUUUAUUAUACUCGAUGCAGCAAAGAAAGUAAGACAUUAUGAAAGGGAUUUGAGGUGUGAGAUCUACCAACAAGUUAUAGUGUUAAAAAUACAGGACUUUGCUGAGUUAGUUAAUAGAGCAGUUUUGGCUGAGGUCAGUGAGUGGUUGGGUGCAAAGGAACAGGGACAGAAUAAGAGGUCCACACCUUCAAGCUUUCAACAGGGCUUUGGUUAUGGUCAGUGGAGGAGAGGAAACUACGACAGAGGUCAAAGGCAGAAGACUGGGGGCCGUGAGGUUCGGGGUGCUCAGACCUACCUUGUAUGUCAGAUAUGUGGAAGGAGGCAUCUGGGGGAGUGCCGAGCAGGGAGAGGUGUAUGUUAUUGCUGUGGAGGAUCGGGGCAUCUAGCACGAGAUUGUCCUACACCUAUUGGUACUGCUCCUGAUCCUAGAGGCGAGACCCAUUUAUUAGAUGUAGAAAUGUCAGUAGCUUCACCAGAUGAUUCAAUGGUAAAGUGUCGUAGGGUGCUCAGUGGUUAUCUCGAAGAAAUUCAAGGAAGAGUACUACCUGCUGAUUUAAUUGUACUAGACAUGUAUGGGUUUGAUGUAAUACUGGGAGAAGUCGAUCCUGCAGUUGCUGAAAACUGGAUGCAAGAGAUCGAGAAGGUUCUGGCCAUGUUGCAGUGCACGGAAGAGCAAAGGGUCCUCUUUGCCACCCAUAGAAUGACAGGAGAGGCUGAGAGAUAUUUCCCAUCUAUUGUUAAUAAGGCUAAAGUGGAGGAGUUCCUGAGCCUAAAGCAGGGAUAG